CAAGAUUGGGCCAUUCUCUUUAGUGUUUGCCCUGUUCUCCCAAUGUCCACCUCCUCACCGCCCGCUUUUUGAUACUAAAAUAACUUAGUCUGACUCUUGAAACCUGCCACUAACAAAAGCAAACGUUAGUGAAUCAACGUGUAUUAUGGAAUAAUUUAAAACCCGAACCAAAGGAGCAACGAGGCAGAGCUUACAUCCACACCUCCUCAAUCAACAGUUCCACUCUGGCAUUCAUCUUUUCUGCACUUCAAAGUUCUUAUCGUGACCUCGUCCUACUUUACCCAUACAAGGAUGUCCCAGCUCCAGUUUCAGUGUCCCUCAAGUCCCAUACCUGCUGCCUCUGCCCCACUGCAGCUGGGGCAGCCUCAGCCAGGCUACAGCAUCCCUUGUGCUGCCGGCACUCUGCCCUCAGAGAGCGCCGGCCAGCCCAUGAGGAGCUCCGCUCUCCCUGCUGGCUCAGCCACUCCCUACAAUAACACCUCAGUAUCUAACAUGGCAAACCCUAAAGAGAAGACCCCGAUGUGUUUGGUGAAUGAGUUAGCCCGUUUCAACAAGAUUCAACCUGAGUAUAAGCUGCUGUGUGAGCAAGGGCCAGCUCACUCAAAGAUUUUCUCAGUGAGGCUCACACUGGGAGAUCAGCACUGGGAGGCAGAGGGGACCAGCAUCAAGAAAGCCCAGCACUCAGCUGCUGAAUCUGCCCUCGCUGAGACAACACUUCCCAAACCUACCAUGAGGACGCCCCGCAACACAGGCAAGAACCCAGCAGAUGGUAUGACACAUACCAUGGAGUUAAAUGCACUAUGUAUGAAGCUUGGUAAAAAGCCUAUGUAUAAACCUAUCGACCCAUAUCCUGGGAUGAGACCACCAAACUUCAAUUACAACGUCCGGGCUCCAGGACCUUACCAGCGCCCUAUGCAACAGUAUUAUUACCCAUUUCCUCCAGUGGGACCAAUGUUAUACCACAUGGAGCUUUCCAUCGGAGGCCAGCAGUUUAUUGGAAAGGGACGCACGCGGCAGUUGGCCAAACAUGAAGCUGCUGCCAAGGCCCUGAAAGUUCUGCACCAAGAGCCAAUACUGCAAGAGUUACCAGAGAUGAAUGGAGAGCCUGAGGAGGAGAACCUCAACAAAUCAGAAAUCAGUCAAGUGUUUGAAAUUGCACUUAAACGCAACUUACCUGUCAACUUUGAGGUUUUAAAAGAAGACGGCCCUCCCCAUAUGAAGAGUUUUAUAGUGCGCGUAGCAGUCGGGGAGUUCAAUGGAGAGGGUGAAGGAAAGAGUAAAAAAAUUGCAAAGAAGCUCGCAGCAGCAGCGGUGCUAGGGGAGUUGAAAAGGCUGCCACAUAUACCCAGUGUGGAGAAGACGCUGCCACGCAUCAAAAAGAAAACCAAAUCCAUCAUCAAGCUGCAAACCAGCCCAGAAUAUGGCCAGGGAAUGAAUCCCAUCAGCCGCCUGGCUCAGAUCCAACAGGCCAAGAAGGAGAAGGAACCGGAGUAUAGCAUGGUGACGGAGAGGGGUCUGCCUCGGCGCCGGGAGUUCGUCAUGCAGGUGACGGUGUGCGGACAGACUGCAGAGGGAAUGGGGCCUAGUAAAAAAGUGGCCAAGAGGAAUGCAGCAGAGAAAAUGCUGGAGCUCUUGGGAUAUAAAGUGCCUCAGCCUCAGCCCCCUAAACCCGCUCUGAAAAUGGAUGAGAAGACCCCAGUGAAAAAACAAGGUGAUGGGCGCAAAGUGACCUUCUUCGAACCUGGCUCUGCAGAGGAGGCCACAUUGAUGACCAAGGAGGAGGACUUCCGCCUGCCUUACAUGAGCCACCAGCAGCUGCCUGCAGGUAUCCUGCCCAUGGUCCCUGAAGUGGCUCAGGCAGUCGGAGUCUGCCAAGCUUCCCAGGCCAAGGACUACAGUCGAGCUGCACCCAACCCAGGCAAGGCCACAAUCACUGCUAUGAUUGCCAACGAGCUGCUUUACGCAGGGACAUCCCCAACAGCUGAGACUAUCCUAAAGAACAAAAACAAUCUGAACCAACUGCCACACGGACCGCUCACCAGGCCUUCAGAGCAGCUCGGCUUUCUUGCAUCGGUGCAGAACCUGCAGGUGGAGUACAAAGAUUUUCCCAAAAACAACAAGAACGAGUUUGUGUCACUGAUUAACUGCUCCUCCCAGCCACCGCUCAUCAGUCAUGGGAUUGGGAAAGAUUUAGAAUCCUGUCAUGAUAUGGCUGCAUUGAAUAUAUUAAAGUUGCUCUCUGAGUUGGACCAGCAGACAAAUGAAAGGACAGGAAAUGGACCAAUCUCUCGGUGUGGCAAGCAGGAGAUGGAAGGUGACUUGCACCUGAAACAGGCUAACUCAAGCACAUUGCCUCAGACUCUGGACGGCACUGUUUAGAGGAUCAGUGGUCUGUAAAAGCACUAGAGAGAACUCCGACACUGUGUUCUUAGUUAUAGACGGCUACAGGAAGCUUCCGGUUCUGUAGACUCUAAACCAUCACUGUUCAUAUUCACCUUUCGAAAAUGUUAAACAAGAUCGAUAGGAAAAAAUAGGUCCCUCCCCUUGAUUUUGUUUAAUUUGUACACAGUAUUUAUUUUUUUGCUUUUAGAAAAAGUAGCUGCAUCCUAGCCAAUGAGUCUGGGGUUUAUUUGGUGGGGAAAAAAAGAAGCGACUAACUGUGAAUUCUGUUUUGUUUAGCCUAGAACUUGUUUCCUCUCUGUGAGAACUUUCUUAUUGUUUUAAAGUCUUUUACGUUUUAUCCCCCGCUGAGGUAGUUCAUUAAACUAGCUCUCGUAAAGGUCACAACCCCAUCUUUGUCUACGGUGCAGCUGGCGAACCUCUGUUGAUUUUCCUAGAGUGCUUUACAUCAACAACCACAAGUGAAGUGUUAUUGACAUUACCAUGUAGGGCUGGGAUGGACUUGUUACUAAAUGUAGCGUUUGAUGUAAUGUGACGUUGUCUCUGCUGUGUGUGGCAGCGAUGUUUCCCUGAUGCUUCCUUACUCUCCCGCGUCAACCUCUCCCCUCUCUCCGCUCCCCAUGGUAAUAAACUGAUGUGCUUACUUGCACAAAACUAA